AUGGUGAAGGAAACAAAGUUCUACGAGCUCCUUGGGGUGUCACCAGAUGCAUCCGACUCACAGCUCAAGUCUGCGUACAAGAAAGGCGCACUAAAACAUCAUCCUGAUAAGAACGCACACAACCCAGAAGCCGCAGAAAUCUUCAAGGAGCUCUCGCACGCAUACGAAGUCCUCUCCGACCCACAGAAGCGCCAGAUCUACGACCAAUAUGGCGAGGAAGGUCUUGAGCAAGGCGGUGCCGGCGGCGGGGGCAUGGCAGCAGAAGACCUCUUCGCACAAUUCUUCGGUGGUGGCGGCGCAUUCGGCGGCAUGUUUGGCGGCGGCGGCGGGAUGAGGGAUACCGGCCCAAAGAAAGCGCGGACAAUCACCCACGUCCACAAAGUAUCCCUCGAGGACAUCUACCGUGGGAAAGUCUCCAAGCUUGCACUCCAAAAGUCUGUCAUCUGCCCGAAGUGUGAUGGCCGUGGUGGCAAGGAGGGUGCUGUCAAGAAAUGUACGGGCUGUGAUGGCCGUGGCAUGAAGACCAUGAUGCGACAGAUGGGUCCUAUGAUCCAGCGCUUCCAGACAGUCUGCCCAGACUGCCAGGGCGAGGGCGAAAUCAUCCGCGACAAGGACAGGUGCAAGCAAUGCAACGGCAAGAAGACGAUCAUUGAGCGGAAGGUGCUGCAUGUGCACGUUGAUAAGGGCGUCCAACCUGGCACGAAGAUCGAGUUCCGGGGUGAGGGCGACCAGCUACCGGGCGUGGAACCAGGCGACGUUGUGUUUGAAAUCGAUCAGAAGCCGCACCCUAGAUUCCAAAGGCAGAAGGACGACUUGUUCUACCACGCCGAGAUCGAUCUUCUGACCGCGCUGGCCGGAGGCACACUUUACAUCGAGCACCUCGAUGACCGAUGGCUCACAGUCAACAUUCUACCCGGCGAAGUCAUUGCACCUGGCGCCGUCAAGGUCAUCCGCGGCCAGGGCAUGCCAUCUUACCGUCACCACGACUUCGGCAACCUUUACAUCCAGUUUGACGUCAAGUUCCCCGACCGUAUUGGCAGCGCUGGUGAAGAGGGCCCAGAAAUGACCCCAGAAGACGUCGCUGCGCUUGAGCGUAUCCUGCCACCAAGAAAGGACCAGCAGCUACCACCUCGCGACGCCAUGCUGGAAGACUAUCCACUUGAGGACGUUGACCCGACGCGAGAGCAAGCGCGUGCGCGGGGCGCCAUGGAUGAAGACGAUGACGACAUGCAUCCGGGUGCUGAGCGUGUGCAGUGCGCGUCCCAGUAA